AUGUCUCUUCCUGAAGGUCUUCCAAAGAUGCAGUACAGAUUUCUUGGCCGUUCUGGUCUCCAGGUCUCUGCUAUCUCUCUGGGGGGAUGGCUCACCUACGAUAACACCUUUGCCUGUAUGAAGGCCGCUUACGAUGUUGGCAUCAACUUCUUCGAUUGUGCCGAAGGGUACAGUGGGGGAGAGUCUGAACGAGUCAUGGGCGAAGCCAUCAAGAAGUUUGGAUGGAAACGCAACGACUUGGUCAUUUCUACAAAAAUCAAUUGGGGAGGCCGCCAUGGUGAUAACCCUGCGAACAACUUCGGCCUCUCCCGCAAACAUAUUAUCGAAGGCACAAACAUGGCACUGGAACGUUUGGGUCUAGACUAUGUCGACUUGAUAUAUGCCCACCGGCCCGACCGCCACACCCCCAUUGAAGAGACUGUCCGCGCCUUCAAUUACCUGAUAAACACAGGCAAAGCCUUCUACUGGGGCACUUCCGAGUGGAAUGCCGACGAAAUCGCCACGGCGUGGCGCUACGCCGACAAGCUCAACCUCAUCGGGCCCCUGAUGGAACAGCCGCAGUACAACAUGCUCGCGCGCGAAAAGGUCGAGACCGAAUUCGCACACCUGUACGAGGAGACGGGUCUGGGCCUCACCAUCUUCUCGCCGCUCAAGAUCGGCAUCCUGACGGGCAAGUACAACGACGGGAUCCCGCAGGACAGCCGGCUGGGCAGCUCGAGCGAUCCGUUCGUGGUGCACAUGAACAAGCGCUUCGGCGACGAGGGCUGGAAGCGGGACGUCGAGAUUGUGGCGCGGCUGAAGCCCGUCGCGGAACGCUUAGGCAUCACGCAGGCGUGUCUGGCCAUGGCGUGGGUGUUGAGCAACAAGCGGGUCAGCUCGGCUAUCACGGGCGCGAGUAGGCCCGAGCAGGUCUACGAGAUCGUGAGGAGCCUGGACGCGGUGGAGAAGUUGACGCCGGAGGUCCUCGCGGAAAUUGACGGGGUCUUGGGGAAUAAGCCUGCCGAGAUGGUUCGGCGGUUCACCUAG